AUGGUUGAUGAUAUGUGGCAAUUCAUGUCAUAUGAGUUUAAAGGAACUGGUGAGGAAUUUGAAUUGUUCAUGGGUAUGCUUCUCCUACACGAAAGUACAUCAUUGAAAGGACAAUCCUUUACAAAAAGUCCACUAUUUAAAAGUAUAACAAACUCAACGUUGAACCUAGAAUUGGAAGAAUGGUCAAUCAACAUAAAAAGCUUGCUACAUGAUAGAAAUCUCUCAAAGAUAACACUUCAAAUCACAGUUGGUAAUAGGUUCACUCAAUUGGCAAACAAUUAUUUUAGAAAUUCUUUUAUAAAACCAUAUGAUGAAGCAUGUCCAGAUGGAAUGUUUUAUUUAAAACAUCAUCAAGAAGAAAAGUAUCAAUUGGUAAUAUGUGCCAUGACCUUAAUUGCUGAUCCUGUUACUGACAGGCUACAACCAGAUAAGGCUCUCAAUUUGCUCAAAACAUUAGUUCUCUACUCUGGAAAAGAUGAAUCAGAAAUUCACACAGAAAACUCUGCUAUUGGAUGGAUUAUUGCUCCAAAUAUGGAUGCAAAUACGAUCAGUCUAACAAAUUUGCGAAAUUUAAAGCAAACACCAACAUCUCAAGCUCUAUCUUCACUUGAAAAUGGUUCUUUGAAAUUAAUGGUUACAGAGCUCUAG